CAGACCACAAGUCGUGAUAUAAAGACAACAGUCUGAUACUUGAGAGAACCAGUCGUUCGUCGCUUGCAUCCCCUGAUACUUACCAUCAUGGCAGAAUCAAAAGUCUGGCUAGUUACUGGAUCGUCCUCAGGAUUUGGUCGCUCCAUGACAGAAUUCCUGUUGAAGAACGGAAAUAAAGUGGUAGCAACUCUACGCCGCAUAGAAGCCUUGUCAGAUCUCGCCAAACAGUAUCCUUCCUCCCAGUUGCUGAUCGUCCAGAUGGAUGUCGUAAAGAGCUCCGAGGUAACCACUGCAUUCGCAAAAGCCAAAGAGGUGUUCGGAGGUGUCGAUGUUGUGUUCAAUAAUGCGGGCACAUCUAUCGUCGGGGAGGUGGAGUCCAUGAGCGACCAAGACGCUCGCCAGAUGUUCGAAGUGAACUUUUGGGGUGUAUCAAACGUGACGAGGGAGGCGAUUCGGACUUUCAGGGAAGUGAACAAACCAACCGGGGGAAGGUUGUUGCAGGUUUCUUCCACCCUAGGUUUGGUCGGGAGACCUGCAAUGUCUUAUUAUUCUGCAUCUAAACAUGCAUUAGAAGGAUUCAGCGAAAGCAUCGCACAAGAACUGGACCCGGCGUGGAAUAUUAAGGUUACCAUACUUGAGCCAGGUCCAUUCCGGACGAGAAUGUUUGAGGACAGCAUGCAACCUAGUCCUCAACAUCCAGCAUAUGCCAAUCCAGAGUUGGGCGGCUCGAAAUUCCGCAAGUGGCUGGCUUCAGCUGUAGCGGACGGAGACACUGAGAAGGCGGUGGUAGUCAUUGAGAAGGUUACUCACCUGGAUGAGCCGCCGCUGAGACUUCCGCUGCACAGGGGUACAGUUAAAGCGGUGAGAGAUAAAGCGAAGAAUCUUACCGACACUAUGGACACGUACGAAUCAUGGACGGAAAAUGUCUACUUCACGUAGUAUAGCUGACUUGUAGGCUUUGAAUCUCCAUGGGUUUUUGUGCUCUGAACACGGAUUACACACGACGACG